AUGAAGGUCACACUCCUUCUCACCACCCUCUCCGCCGCCCUCGUAGCUGCUUCCCCCGCCUCGCUAGGAGCCCGCCCCGGUACAAUCCGCGUCCAAAUCUCCGACGACACAACCGACACCGCAGUCCAAGCCAACAUCCCCGCCAACGGCGCCAAGACCAGCAUCGCUGCGAACUUCGCCAAUCUGGGCAGCGGCGUGCCCGCCAACCGCGCUUUCGUAGUCAGUGGGUCUGGAAGCUGCGGUAUCUUCAAGGAUAAUGGGAGUCAGAAGGUUGCGACGAUUAAGAGUGGGGCAGACGAUGUUACGUUUGCGAGGGUGAAGUUGCAGAAUGGGGUUAUUGUGUGCAAGUAG